AAUGUUUAUCCAAGACUAAGAACCACACAAAACCAGAGUCGUUAACUUUCUUUCUCUGCUUCGACUAGCUAAUUAGAAACAUGACCCUAAACUUCUUAGGGUUGAUUUUCUUUCCCUUGCUAGUGCCUGCCUUGCUUAUCAUCAACAAUGCUCUGGCAAGUGAUCCAGAUAUCAUAUAUGACUAUGUUUCACCACAGAAUAGCAGUGUCAAUGGAAGCUUCUUUACUUACACUGGAUUAAGAGGAGUCCUUCAUCAAAUUCCUCAAUCUUUCAAGGCAACAAAAGUAACCCUGGUUGAAUUUCCUGCUCUCAAUGGACAAAGUAUAUCAUAUGCACUAUUUCAGUACCCUGCUGGUAGCAUCAACCCUCCUCACAUCCACCCCCGUGCCGCCGAGUUUCUGUUCCUUGUAAGUGGCUCCCUGCAAGUAGGAUUUGUUGACACUACUCGCACACUUUACACACAAAACCUUCAAUCAGGUGAUAUGUUCAUAUUUCCUAAAGGGUUGAUACAUUAUCAGUAUAAUCCACAAUCAGUUCCAGCCACUGCUAUAUCUGCUUUUGGAAGUGCAAAUGCAGGAACGGUUUCAAUACCUCAUUCUAUUUUUAGUACGGGAAUUGAUGAUGUAAUCCUUGCCAAGGCUUUCAAGACUGAUACUUAUACAGUGAAGAAGAUUAGAUCUGGCCUAAACAAACCUUAGAAUUGCAAGCUAAGCUUUCAUGUACUACUUCCUUCUAGUCUCUAAAUAAAGUUCCUGUAGCUUCUGCAUGUGUGAAUAUUAGCAAGAAAUCUAAAAACCUUCAUGUUUUCAUAAUUAACUUAACUUGGUCAAGUAGGGGCUGUGAAUUGUAUUAUGCCACUGAA